AUGAUCGAUUUCCUCAAAACAGGUCGAACCAAAUCUUAUGGAAGCAUAAGCGACUAUUACGCUGGGAAGUCGGUUUUCAUCACGGGCGGUACGGGGUUCUUAGGGAAGAUCCUCAUGGAGAGACUUUUAUUCAACUGUUCCGAGAUUGAAAGAAUAUACGUCCUUAUUCGAGGGAAAAAAGGCGUAAAUACUCACAACAGGCUUCAACAAAUGUUUGACGUACCGGUCUUCGAUAAAUUGAAAGCUUUAAAGCCGAAUGCUUUGAAUAAGGUGAUUCCAAUAGAAGGAGAUGUCACGAAACCAGAACUGGAUAUAAAGACAAGCGAUGAACAGAAAUUAAUUGAUAAUGUCUCGGUCGUGUUUCACUCGGCAGCAACAGUAAGAUUUAUUGCCAGUUUUGAGGAUAUUAUGAAAGUAAAUUUCGAAGGGACGAGGAAAGUGGUGGAUUUGAGCAAGAAGAUAAAAAAUUUAGAGACAUUUUUAUAUAUAUCGACUAGCUAUUCAAAUGGGAAUAAGUUAAUAAUAGAUGAAUCGAUAUAUCCCCAACCAAAGACAAUAGACGAAGUGUACUCAUUCAUAGACAAUUAUGGUGACAAUUCAAAAGCGAUCAACAAGUUUAUAAGUGGUUACCCAAAUACAUACACACUAUCAAAGGCGCUUUGUGAAAACUAUAUUGAUGUAAAUCGUGGACCAAUGAAGUCGAUAAUUGUGAGACCGUCUAUAGUGACGCCAGUUUUCAAGGAGCCGCUACCAGGCUGGCAGGACUCGUGGGUAGCAGCAACAGCUGCGUUCAGUGACGUCGCCAGAGGACUCACUAAGGUCAUACAUGGUGACUCAAAUGUCGUCUGCGAUAUGAUUCCAGUGGACUACGUCUGCAACUUGAUUAUUGUUGCAGCCGCUAGAGGGAAUCCAACUGAUGACGUCAUAGUUUAUAAUUCCUGCAGUAGCUCCUGCAAUCCAAUUAGUUGGAAAAAUGGCGCUGAUUUAUAUUUAGAAGAGAGUCUGAGUCAUGGGAAAUAUGAAUUGAAGCCAAGGCAAGUGGAAGUUAGCUCGUCAACAUUAAUGGUCAACUUGAUGACAUUUAUAUUGCAAACAAUUCCGUCAUUGUCGGCAGAUGUCUGGUUGCGGCUAAAGGGGGAGGAGCCUAAAUAUAUAAAAAUGCAGAAACGCGCUGUGUUACUGCGAGAUUUGUUGAAGGUUUUCACCUCAACAUCAUAUUAUAUAAAAUCGGAGAAUUCUCAAAGACUAAUAGAGACUUUGGAUGAAGAGGAUAAGGCUCUGUUCCCGUGUGACCCAAGAACGAUUAACUGGCAAACGUACAUGCCAGUGUUUUAUCGUGGAGUCCAGAAAUAUUUGUUGAAACCAAGCCAUUAA